UGGCGGUGGCCCGUUCGGAGGGGUGACCGGGCGGUGUUCGAGUGCGAAGCACUCUGCGUCCUCGCUUCUUGUUACAGGCUAUGGCGGGGGGCCAGGAGAAGGGGGGAGAGGGCGACCUCGGUGAGCUGCUUCCCCCUUCUCACUGGACCCCGCAGGACCCCUCCCAGGGGAUCCCCGGGGACUUGCCCCAGGACAGGCCUGACCUGCAGCAGCCACAGCUCAGCCUGCCUCAGCGAGAGGACGAGCAGGAGGAGGAUGGCAAAGAGGAAGAGGAGGCACAGCACACAGAGGGUCAGUUUGAUGGAGUGUUGGAUGAAGACACUGUGGCUGAGGGACUUCACAGGCUGGGGCGCUCAGCCCCUGGUACUGAAUACGUUUAUCUUAAUCUGUCACUUUCAGGUCGUGAGUUAAGUGACAUUAACAUUCUUUCCAGAUAUGUUCACCUACAGAAGCUGGAACUUUCAUAUAAUAAAAUUAAUGAUCUUUCUUGUAUCAGUCACAUGCCUUACUUACUAGAACUGAAUGCUUCCAACAAUGAAUUGACUACGUAUUUUGGUUUUAAACCACCUAAAAAUCUCAAGGAAGUAGAUUUUUCAUACAAUCAAAUACCUAAAAUGCAAGAUUUGUCAGCAUACCAGGCACUUACUAAACUCUUGCUGGACCAUAAUAACAUAGAGGAGAUAAGAGGACUGGAGAAGUGUCACAGCCUGACUCACCUUAGUUUGUCACACAACAGACUCAUUGCAAUCAGCGGCCUUGAGAACUUACCUAUCAAAAUACUCAAUCUGAGCUCUAACCAGAUUGAGAAGAUAACUGCGUUGGACAGCUUGAAAACUCUACAGAAGCUGGACCUAUCUAACAAUAAAAUAUCUAGUCUAGAAGGCUUGGAGGAACAUGAUCUACUAGAGGCCAUCAACCUAGAGGAUAACCAGAUUGCUGAGCUGCGUGAACUUGAAUAUAUUGAAGAUUUGCCUCUCCUCAGAGUUUUAAAUCUUUUAAAAAAUCCUGUACAGGAGCAGACAGAUUAUUGGCUCUUGGUGAUUUUCACGUUACUCCAACUCACAGAUCUGGAUCUCAAGAAGAUUUCAGUGGAAGAAAAGGUUGCUGCUGUGAAUAAAUAUGAUCCUCCUCCAGAAGUCGUUGCUGCUAAAGAUCAUAUAACUCACGUUAUGUAUAGCGUGCUGCAGCCCCAGAGAAUCUUUGACAGCACUUUACCGAGUCUUGAUGCUCCCUACCCCAUGCUGGUAUUAGUGGGCCCUCUCGCCUGUGGUAAGAGGGAGCUUACUCAUAAGAUCUGCAGACAGUUCAACAAUUUCUUCAGAUACGGUCCCUGUCACACUACCAGGGCAGCUUACUUUGGUGAAGAAAACAGACUUGAUUACUAUUUCGUUUCUCAAGAAGCAUUUGACAAAAUGGUGAACACUGGGAAGUUUAUAGCAACCUAUAAAUACAGCGGCUAUCACUACGGACUUGGAAGAGACACCGUAGAAUCAAUUGCCAGAGAGGGUCUUGCAACCUGUGUUCACUUAGAAAUAGAGGGUGUGCGUAGCUUGAAAAAUACCUACUUUAAACCCAGAUACGUCCUGUUAGUACCGAUGAACAAGGAAAAAUAUGAGGGACAUCUGCGGAGGAAAGGAUUAUUCAGCAGGCGAGAGAUUGAAGAGGCAGUCUCCAGAGUGGACAUGUGCAUCAAACUAAGUGAGGAUUUGCCGGGAUACUUUGAUGCAGUAGUCAACACAGAUGAAUUGGAUGACGCAUUCACAGAGCUGAGUUUCCUCGUAAAGGCGUACCUGGGCUUGGAGCAACCUGCAGUUUUGGAUAGCAUUCAGGACUGGAAUAGCAGAGCGAGAGCAGGUUCAAGAAUAUGGCUUUUACAAGAGCAAAGAUUGUCACCCGGCGGAGUAAUUACUGGCACCCGGUCUUCAUCUGUUAAUGAGUUCUUGGACUCUUCAGCCAAAAGCUGUCCAGAAGGCAUCUCAGACAAACUAGCUGCACAACUGGGCGCUCUGGAAGAAGCUUCUCUCCAAAGGCGUCGUUCUGCAGCACGUCAGGCUUUGUCAGGGAAGGCACCUAGUGCAUAUGUCCAGCUGUUUCAAAGGGACCUGGCUGUCACUCCUGCACCGGGCAGCUCCCGUCAACACUUACUGGACCCAACAACACGUGCUUCUCUGCUCUCAGGUGGAAGGAAUGUCACCCAGGACCAGAGCUUCCCCCUGACUAAUCCGGAGAGCCGAAAGAGUAAACUAAAAAAAGGCAUCAAGGGCUCCAGAGAAUCCGGUCCUGCUAGCAGGCGAUUUCUAAUCUCAGCCGGUGCGUCCGCUGCUGAAGCUCUGCCCGUUCGGACCCCUGUUCCCCACGCUCGCCUCGCUGAAGAAGCCAAAGCCGAGCGUCCCCAUCCAAGAGGAGCUGAAAAUGGAGUGGACAGAUCGAAAGAGACCGAACUCCCUAGUGACAAUCUUCAGAGAAAAUACAGCAAGUCCAAGACUGGUUCUUCCCACGUGUCUCAGCUCGUCACCUGGCCGGGCUCCCACUCCAAACCUGUCCUGCCUCCAAUCCCGUCCGGGCGGAAGAGGACCAACCCUUGAUGGCCACUACUAGCCAAGUCUUCGUCAUGAUUGCGCUGAACCUUGCUGUCGAACAGGAACACUGAUUUUGAUAUAUUUCUCUUCAACAAAGCAAAGUCUAUCAAAUAUUAUUUCUAAAUCCAUUUCUGAUUAACUCCCCCCCCGCCCCCCACAAAGUUAUUUAUUUGUAACUUUAUUAAAAAGUAAUUUCUGUAUUUCCCAAAGCUCAAAGUUAUUUCCCCAGGCACUCUCAGCUGGGAAAUGGCGUAGAAUUUUUCCUAACAGCCACAUGACCAUAUCUGCCAUUAAUUUCUCUCUUUCCUCCCCCUCUAAUAUUAUAGAUUUAAUUGAUGUGUGGAAGCAUCGGGGCCUCUGAUAAUAUUGCCUGUAUUGUAGUACCCGUGAAUUAUUUUGAAGAGGGAUUUUGUGAAACCUUCAGAGUUAAGUUGGGAGUGAAAACUAGUUCCAAGGUUUUUUUUUAAUAAAAUGUGUUUCUUUGAAGGGAUGAGACGUAAUUCUUUGAUUUCCAAGUGAAUUUGAACAACCUAGUAAGGAGUCAUCAGGAAAAAAAUAGUACAAUUAUUAAGAACUUGCUGAAGCUGUAAUUAGUAUGUGAAGAUUUGUUUUUCUGUAUGUGGAGCAGAGCUCUGACAAGUAAAUAAAACUCUUGAGUUAAUGUUUGUCCUGAUUAAUUAUCAUUAACAGAGAGCGUGGCCCUUUUGCCUGAGCAGCUUCCACCCAGGAGGGGCAUUUGCUGUUCGUUAUUACAGCGUGGGUCCUCAGAGGUCUUUGCGUGCACAGAAGAUAUCCCGCCUUGCCGCAGCGUGGAGUCAUAUCCGCGGAAGAGCUCUGGUUUCCUUCACCAUGAACGUUCACGAUGUGGCCAAGGUUUUUCCUUGUUUAAAUAGGAUGAACUGAACGAAGCAACGCAGCUCCUGCUUUUACCGCCGCGUUCUCUCGCCUGCUCCCUUCCCGCUCCCCAGGACACGGACGGCGUCGAUGACCCCACGUUCCCCCAAACAACCGCCUGAUGCUGACCCGUCCCCCGAAGCGUGGAACAUCUGGCCGAGUUGGGAGGCAGAAGCGCCGUUGCAUAUGUAAUAUGUAAUAUUUACAUUUCCUUUAGCAGAUUGUGAAGCUUUGCCGUUCGUGGUUUUUAGUUUCGAGCGUUUAUUUUUGGCUGAAAGUACAGAAGUUGUGACUCGGUGCCCAUAUAUUUAUAGACUGGCAGAUAAAAGCGGGGCCGUUUCAGGGAACUCUGUUUUUAUUGGCAGGAAGCGUGUUUGGAUUACAGCAGAGUAACACCUUGAGUUAGUCACAGUCAAACAACUCUCUGAGUCUUGAAUUUUACAGAGGGGAGUGUAACAAGCUGUUUAAUUUCCCUUUUUUUUAAUUAAACAUUCGGCAUUCAAUAAAACCGGUGACUGCGGUGGCUGCCUUGUGAAUGCAAAUGGCUUUGCCGGCCGGAGGAUGUAGCGGCACGCUCAUCGCACGUGCUGCGUCGGAGCCCUGUGUCACGCGUCGGUAAACCAAGGCAGAGAAAAUUCCGCUGAUUUGUGUUAUCUCAUCAGGUUGGGUUUGUGUUAUCUCAGCAGGUUGGGUUUUUCUACAGGAACUGGGUGAGAACGCCGGAGUGUUGCCUCUCUGCUCGGGUGCCGGGUCUUUGAGGUGAAGCAGAGAAGACCGUGCUUAUGCACAAGUGUUUUGGGAAGUCACGGGCGUCCUGAUUCCUCCCCCAGGGCAGUAGCAACGCGGCGGGAGCUAAAACACAGAUGCAGGAGCAGGAGCUGCUGAAUUAAGGAAUGACGGGUUUGUUAGACGUAAGGGGAUGGUGUUUCAAUACAGGCCUGGGUCUGAAGGAGGGGAUAUGAAGCUCGCCAGCUAAAAGUUUGAUGCGCAGCUCAGUGAGGACUUCCAGGGGCUGCAGAACAGGUCCAGAAAGAGCUGCUCCUGCAAAUCUGCUGAGCUUUUGGAGUUCCGGAGGCCAAGAUGCUCCACGGACCACCACAGAGUGUGUAGGCAGCCAGGGCAGCCUGCUGCGGGCUUGGUAGAAGAUGAGAGCAGGAGCCACGUGGCAGCUCGGAUUCUCCAGCACCCACUCCCCAGAUUAGGAGCUGUAUCUGUGAAAAAAUGGGUGCAAAAUGGUUUGGUUUGGUACUCUGACCUUCAUCUCCCGGCCUCCCUCCUCCAUUAAACCCACUCGUAUGGACCCGAGAAACCCUUGAAGAUAGAAACCAGUGGUAGAGGCUCGACUGGGGGGUGAGGCCACUGCGAAUCCAGCAGCUACACCUUUUUAUUUUAAAUUUUUUAAGCGUGUUCUGGAAACAGAUGGAGCAUAGAUGCCAGUAUUGACCAAAGGGCUGUUUAUUUCUCUGCAGAGCACGCACAGCCAUUUCUAAAAAUACCUUCCUGAAGCGCCAUGUCAUGUCCCAGCAGCGGCUGCCCCGCUACCUCCGCCUGCUCCCUCGGGAGCUUGUCUAAUUGAAUAUGCUGCAUAAUAUGCUGCUAAUUUGGCAGCUGUCAAAAUGAAUUAUAAUUUUUUUUCUAACAGGCGAGGAGAGUUGGUGUGAUUACACCAACUGCCCGUGUUUCUCUCUGCAUCCCCAGCUCCAGGGAGGUGAAGGGUUUGAAGGAGACCCAUGAGCCCUUUCCCUGGUCUCACCCUGCACUUCCAUGGUAUUGCAUCAACAACUCCAGCCUUGCAAACCGCUUUGCCGAUGACACAGAGCUGGGGGGGUGGCUGACACACCGGAAGGCUGUGCUGCCAUACAGCGAGACCUGGACAGACUGGAGAGUUGGGCAGAGAGGAACCUAAUGAAAUUCAACAAGAGCAAGUGUAGGGUGCUGCACCCGGGGACGAAUAACCCCCUGCACCAGGACAGGUUGGGGGUGACCUGCUGGAGAGCAGCUCUGUGGAAAGAGACCUGGGAGUUCUGGGGGACAACAGGAUGACCAUGA